AUGUCUGAAAGAAACUCUCCUGCCAUGGCAUAUCCAGUUCCAACAGCGGAUCCGAGAAAGUCGUUGAGCCCCAAAUCGAUCUACAGCAUCACCGCUCACGAGUCGGAUGCACGGCAGAUGCUCGCGGUUGCUGGCUCUAAAAGGCCAUUUUCAUACGCGGGCGACGGAUCUCUGGAGCUCAAAGCGCCACCGUAUAGUCAUCAUCCGUCGAACAGUCUUCCUAAUACCAGUACGAUGGCAUCUCCGCUAAGGGCUGCCGCGCAGCCAGUCCAACACAUGGAUGGGCGGCAUCAUAUUCAUGCGCCAAAACACCCAGAAGAAUAUCAGCCGCACCCGGAAGGACCGCACUAUCCUCCGCACCCGGAAGGACCGCACUAUCCUGCGCACCCAAAUUAUCAUCAUGGCAAUCAUGGGCCGCCUCACUCUGCUCCGCAACCUGACACAGCAUCUACCGAGGGCGGAUUAGCCUGGCCUGACAUGCGUCGACCAGCCUUGGGAGGCCCUGUCCUCAGCUCUGAUGGCCAGGAAGCCUACAUGACUUUGCCAGGCAGCGAGACACCGAUCCCAGUUCGAGUUGAUUAUUCUCAUGCGUCGAAGAAGGCGGACGAGAAGCGCCAGCGCAACGCAAAGGCCUCCACUCGGCAUCGCAAGAAGAAAAAGAACAUACUGGAAGAGAAUAAUCGCGAGCUGCUUGAUCUCAGGCAAGAUCAUGUUAAAAUGUUGACGAACAUCGAACACCUUACACGCCAACGCGACUUUUACCGUGAAGAGCGCAACCGUCUCCGAGACAUCGUUCUUCGCACACCCGUCAUUAGCCAGCAUGCGUCCGGACCACCGAGUCCGGUCUCAACAAGAAGUGCAAACUCUCAUGCAGGAGUCAGUCCUAUGGAAGGCCAGCCACGGCCGUUGCGCACGCCUUCUCGGGGCUACAUUAGCGAAGCGUCGUCUGUCGAGAGGCCAGCGCAGCGACGGCGGACUGACGAUCGCCCGGAGUACUCGGCCAAUUACUCUACACAGUCAGGGCCUCCGCCUACAACGUUGCCUCCUAUGCAGUCGCACACACACCCACAAAGCAUGCAAACCCGGCCCAUGACGGCUCACCCGACUACACACCAGAGAAGACUGCCGCCGUUGAGGGCCAUCGAUGGGCCGCCUCCCCACGAGAUGCAUUCAGGACAUACUCCGCACGAAAGAGACCCAUCUACGGGGGAAUGGCGACCUGCGCAUCCGAGACAUUAUGAGACUGGAUGGGCUACCCCUCGAAACAUUGACAACCACCAGCGAUGA